UUUGUCAUCAGUUCACUAGAUCUCGGCCUUUGAGUUAGCUGUGCUCACUUGCAAUUCAAACUCAACUGGAAGCACCAUGAACAUCGUGACCAUCACUUUGAUUCUGUGCGCUGCAGCUGCAAUUGCUGAGGCGGGCAUCAUUGUUGGCCAUCCCGAUGAGUUGAUCUCCAGCCCGCCUCAAUAUGAGUUCCACUAUUCCGUGCACGACAGCCAUACGGGCGAUGUGAAGGACCAGUUCGAGCAUCGACGUGGCGAAUACGUUACGGGUCGCUAUUCGCUCAUCGAACCAGACGGACAUCGUCGCGUCGUUGACUACAGUUCGGAUCCCCUGCUGGGCUUCACUGCUCAGGUGCGUCGCGAACCCAUUUCGAUUCUUUCACGUCAUUAACACAUUUACAAAAUGGUUAUAAAGCAUCAUGUCUGAUUUGUAUACUACUACUA